AUGCGCUUCACCGAGUUACUCGAGGAGAACAUGCUCCUGAGAUGGAGGGCCUACUAUGUGAAUUACAGGGCCAUGAAGGUUUGCAUCGAGGAGAUCGAAGCAGACCCAUCUUCAUCCAACGCUCACUUCAUUAUGAUGCUCAAGAGCAACAUGCUGAAGGCGCUGACCUUUUACGAGAAGACUGAGUACAAGCUACGCCAAAGGAUCGAGCAGUACAUUUUCAACGAGAACAGGUCGCCACAGAGCCAGAAGGAUCUGGAACACGAGGUGAAGGAUUUGCGCUGGUACGCCUACUACAAUCGUGAAGCGAUUCGAAAGAUUGCCAAGAAGUAUGACAAGCGUUGCGGGAAGUCCAAGACCAUGCAGUCGGAUCUCAUGGAGACUUUGCACGGCUCGUUGAUGGCCAACGCCGAGAAGCGCUGCAGCAGUUUGCUCACUGCUCUGCAGGAGCCGGACGAAGGUGACCUGCCGCUGUCGCAGCCCUUGAUGCAAGCAGAGCGGGAUGAGAUGCGGAUGCAUUCCCGCGUGCUCCAGCCCAUAUUGGAAAGGCACACGCGCGAAGGCGACGAGAGUCCCACGGACGUGGUCCGGAAGCCAUCGACGAUGUCCAACAUCUCUGCGCCCUUUGAACUGGUGAAAUCCGUCGGUGCCUCCCCGGAAGCGGCUGUGUCGGUCGCCUUGUUGGUGCUGUGCCUCCUGCUGGAUCGCUUGAACUUGGACACAGAACCCCAACUGAAUUCCUAUUCCUACUUCACCUUGUUCGUGAUGUUGGAGUCCCUUUGGCUUCUACUACUUCAGUUCCAAGCAGAUGUGGUUCUCAUCAGUGCGACCUUAGUCCUCCGGCUCAGUGGAGCGAUCGACAACGACCGCGACGCCUGGGGAGGUUUCAGCAACUCGGUGGUGCUGAGUGUGGCUGUGCUGGGCAUCGUCUCCGCUGGGGUUCAUCACACGGGCGUCAUCGACUUCAUUUUCAUGCGUGUAUUGGGCCAUCCAAAGACCUACUUCGUGGCGUUGCUCCGCUUGAGUUUGCCUGCCAUGCCCUUAGCGGCCAGCAUCUCCAAUACCUGCGUCAUGGGCGUAAUGAUUCCAGUCAUUGAAAAGUGGUGCAAAGAGAUCAACAUGCCGCCGCGGCUCUUUUUGAUGCCAAUGUCCUAUAUCAUGCUUGUAAUUGGAGCAUUUGCCAUUUUCUCCACCUCCUCGAACCUGGUGGCUCAGAGUCUCCUUCUGGAACGAGGUUUGGAACCUUUUGGGAACUUUGAAAUCUCCCCCUUGUCCAUCACCUGCGGCUUGGCGACCUUGCUCUACCUGGCGGUCGCCGUGCCGACUUUGCUCUACAUCGAAGCCUCCGAGAGCCCCACGCCCUCCUUGUCCCCGAAGGCCACUGCUUCGACGAAGCUCUUCCUCGCCAACAAGCUCUUUCUGGCAAACAUCCAAAUCACUGGCACCCUUCUGCAGGGGAAGUCCCUGGCGGAGUCGGGGCUCUUGACCCAUGUGGGCAAAGUCGCCAGCAUCGUCCGCGUGGAGCGCAUGGGCGAGGAGGCCGAGCUUGGACGGUGA